AUGAGCGCCACCACGGACGAGCUCAGAUACAAACUCAGUCAGCUUCGCGCAGACAAGGUUCUGCUCCAGUCACAGCUCGCCUCCCUGCGCGCCCUUCCCGAACUGGAAGCAGACCAUCGCAGCCCACUUGACUUACACAAUCAAGAGCUUGGACAACAGCUACGAUCGCUCGAAGAGAAAGCCAUCUUGUACCGAUCGUCUGCCUGGACAUGUUUUGAGAUGGAUCUUGAUGUCGGUCGCCGCGCUCGACUUGCACGCGAUAGCGCAUCUGCCGACAAGGAUGGCGACUUGGCGCUUGGCAUCCGACUCGAUACUUUCUACAGAGCUCGUUUCUACGAGCCAUAUUACUUGGUCUUUGCUCGACCAUCCCAGUUGCUCGAUACCAUGCCGCAGCUCGGCCAGACGACCGCAGCGGAUCUUGAGGCAAAUUCCUUGGCCGAUGGGUUGAGACUCAUUAGACAUACAGUGCCCCACUUUGUGCCAUUGGCAAGCCUUGUGCAGAGAUACAUCCCCACUGUGGCCACAGGCGAAGCAGGCAGCAAGAGCCCAGCCGAAAGAGACCAUGAAGCCGGCGGAUUGACCUUGUUGUCGCACUUCUUGAAUCUGCCGGGAGUACACGCCUUUCUAUCCGACCUUCACUGCCAUCUGCAAGCAUACGUGUCAAGACGGCAGCAGGCUAUGGCGCUCCAACAGCUCUCUCUGCCUGGAAGCAGCCGAGAUGAACAACUCGCCUUAGAGGCGCUUGGCACAGAGGCUUUUGAUCUCCUCAAGCUCACCUGGCGCAUUCCCUCUUCCACCGCUCCCUCCAACGGCGCACAAGACCAAGCGGAGCAAGUCCCAUCCAACCCCACAGCAGCAGCUCUCGUCGCAGCAGCCAAACGCAAACGCGAGAAUCCCGACGACGAGCCCACACAUCACCUCCAAGUCAUUGUCCAGUACGACGACCUCCAAAGCGAUCGCCUAAUCGACCAAACACGACCAACCGCCAUCUUGGCUUCCACAUCAAGCUCACCAGACCACAUCCCCGCCAUCCAAGCCUCACUCCAAGGUCUCCGCAGGCCCUACGGCCAAGUUCGUGUCCAGCUCCUCGAAUACCCACCAGAGCUCCAAACACGCCAGCGUCGAGCACCUGGCAUCUCAAAAGCAGACCUCAAAGCGCUCCAACCCACCAUAACACGACGGCAAGAUCUCGAACAGAGCUACGCACAGGAACACGACGGAGAAUCGCUCGACAUGGACCAAGCCUUCGAGCGGAUCGCCAAGAGCAUCUGGGCUCAGAUGAGAGCAAAGCGCGGAUCAAAUACUGUGCGUUGA